GUGAGUCGUUUCAGUGAGUGAUAAUAAAUAACAAUAAAUAAUAAAUAUGAGGCUGACAGCGAGAAAACUGCAAAGCAUUUCCAAAAUGCUGGACUUUUAUUCCCAAUUUAACCCAUCACCGCUGUCCAUCAAAAAGUUUAUCGAUUUUGGUUUGAACGCGUCCGAGCAGAAGUCGUUCGUGUUCCUGCGCAAGGAGCUGCCGGUCAGGCUGGCCAACAUAAUGAAGGAGAUCGCGCUGCUGCCGGAGAACCUGCUGCGCAUGCCUUCGGUGACUGCGGUCAACGACUGGUACAUGCGCAGCUUCCAGGAGAUAAUCGAGUUCGAGAAGCGCGAGGCGAGCGACAAGACCUUGGAGCACUUCUGCAGCGAGCUGGUGAAGAUCCGCAACCGGCACACGGACGUGGUGGAGACGAUGGCGCAGGGGGUCUUGGAGCUGAAGGAGUCGCACGACGUCGACCAUCACACCGAGCACAGCAUCCAGUACUUUCUCGACAGGUUCUACAUGUCGAGGAUAUCGAUCAGGAUGCUGAUCAACCAGCACACUUUGCUGUUCGGCGGUCAGCUGGAGAGCGCACCAGGCCCCAACCAAAGCAAAUACAUAGGCUGCAUCGACACGCAAUGCGACAUAGUGAGCGUGAUCAAAGACGCGUACGAAAACGCACGAUUCCUCUGCGACCAAUACUACUUGGCAUCGCCCGACCUCAUCAUCAACGAAUCGCAGCACAAACAGUUGGAAGAUGAGAGCUGCCUUAACAUCGUUUAUGUGCCAUCCCAUCUCUACCACAUGCUGUUUGAGCUGUUCAAAAAUUCCAUGAGAGCCGUCAUGGAGUAUCACGGUUCCCAGGAUAAUUACCCACCGAUCUCCAUCACCAUAGCCAGGGGAAAAGAAGACAUUUGUCUUAAGAUGUCUGACAAGGGCGGCGGAAUAGGUCGGUCCACCACGGAUCACCUGUUCAAGUACAUGUACUCGACCGCGCCGCAGCCGAGCAAAUCCGACGCGCAUACGGUUCCGCUGGCGGGAUACGGGUACGGGCUGCCCAUAUCGAGGCUGUACGCUCGAUAUUUCCACGGCGACUUGAUCCUGCUGUCCUGCGAGGGAGACGGCACUGACGCCGUCAUCUACAUGAAGGCUUUGUCCAAUGAAGCCAACGAACUGUUGCCCAUCUUUAAUAAAACAACAUCGAAAUUCUACAGGACUGUGGUCCAAACAGGGGAUUGGUCGAAUCAAGCGACCAAUAUUGGCGACCGCCAGUUGAGUCAAAACAUUAAGAAACACCAAUUGCCACAAUCCUGUCAAGAGUCAAUGACAAAUGCACUGUAAAAUUUUAUUUUCUACCGAUUAGUUUUUUAAUUGAUUUGACAAGCGUUUGUUGAACUUAUUAUUUUAGCAUUAGGUAUAUUCACUGUUGUGAUAAUUAAUAUUUAAAUUUUAAACUGAAACUUGUUACUAGAUCAUGUACAUAAACUAUUCUUUUAGACUGUCUAAUGUAAAUAUUUAUUUUUAAGUUUGUAAAAAUGUAAAUAGGUACAAAUGAGUUUAUUAAGCUUAAAGUUAUACUUUGAAAUAUAUUCUACAUGUGAUGUUAUUGAUGGGUAAUUUAAGAAUAAAAUAUAUGUUCCUUUGUUAAGUAUUGUUUUUAUUUAACCUUUCAAAAAUGCAGACUUAAAAUUGCUUAAAAUUUUUAUUCUGGUACACCUUGUAUUCAAAUUUAAUACCAUUUUCUUCCUGUGUUUCUUGAGGUAUAUCAGGUAAGCU